GGGGACUUUCUUUACAGCAGCCCAGAAAGAGAAAAAAAUGUACGUGCUGAACGAAAAAAAGAAGACAGAGGAAGGCUGAGUUUGAAGAGCUUGCCGGCGAUCGUGUCUUGAAUUCAGUCAUCUUUAGCAACAAUGACCAAACCAGCGGAACUUUUUUUCCAUCCUCGGCCACAAAGUGGCCAUGUCCGGCACGUCCAAGAGAGCGGCUAUGAUGGCUAUUCCUCCAACAUGGAGCACAAGUUCAGUGAUAAUUACAGUGAAAAUAGUUUUCCUGUAGCCGAUAAAGGGAGCUUUGUGAUACCAAUUCCCAAGGGAGAACUAGACGACUAUGAGCAUCCUAAAAAGCCCGGGAAGAUCUCGUUGCCCCCGAUGAUUUUUGAGGAACCUGCUGCCGCUCCAAAGGAAGAGUCACACCCUGUGACUCACGAGAAGGGGUUCUUCAAACCAUCCACUGUGGCUGUGGCUCAAAAAAACAACUUUCCGCCACAUGGCGCGAAAAUAUCCAGGCCUGACAACAACCCGGAAGAGGAAGUGGUCAAACUAUCAGAGGCCAAAACAACAACCGUUAGCAAAGAGGAGCCAGUCAAGGAGGUAGUAGGAGAUGGCUGCAUCAUAGACAUCAAUAUGGACACCAGGGGAACCCGAGAUAAAACUAAAGGUCCACCACUGGUUACUGGAAAAAGGAUGAGCAGUGAGCAUCGCAAGAAAAGAGCUGCUGGGAAGAACCGGAAAAUGUACCUUCUAUGUUUGGUGUUAUUCAUGUGUGCUCCUGUCUCUGAGGGCUCUCCGGCUGGAGCUCGCCUUGCAGCAGACCAAAACUGUAAGUCAUUUUGUAAAACUGUUGAUGCUGCAUUAUCUCAUAUUGAAUUUUUUUUUUUAGGUGGUUUCUCUGAAAUUCAAAUGUACACAUAUAAAUGCACAUUUGAUACUCAUCGAUGUUUUUUUUUUACUACAGUUAAGUGCUUUGUCUGCAUGGACAAGGACCGAUGUCCAAAUCUGACACAUGUAUUUGUCGACGAGAGUCUCGCGUACGAUAGAGAGGCCAACUCAACAAUUCAAAGCUGCUGUGGAUUCACUCCAACCAACAACAUGACAGAUGUGUGCCGUAACCAAUCCGACAUCAUCAUCAUCUGCCCAGAGGGAGCUAGGAAAGUGGAGGCAGAAGAAGAUAUUAAGCAACUGACCAUCUCUGCUGCCUGUACAUAUGAGGACAUUACCACCUGUCGUCGUGCACGUUAUGGAUUGAUUGCUAGUGUUGUUCUCUUUUUGAUUGUUGUGGCAGUGAUUCUAACCCUAUGGUGCUACCACAAAAAAAAAGAGCAUCAGUAAAGAGCGAAUGAGAGGGAAGACCACUGCGUGAUCAAGCAAGAAGAAGACAGCAAUAUAUUAAUCUCUAGUUUUAGCUGCAUGGAUUUUUUACUUUUCUUUUAUUGUGCUCUUUGGGAUCACUGCUUUAGACUGA